AUGAAUGUUUCCUUUGAAAACUGCCCAAGUUUAUACAAGUCAUUCAUCGAAGAUAUUAUGAGUAUUAGGUCCGAGUUGAUGGAUGUGUUUAGUAUUAAUAUUUUUGUGAAUGCUAUUUUGGCAGUCACUGCAACACUCGGGAAUGGAAUGAUUAUCGUGGCCAUCUUGAGAUCCCAGAAUCUACAGACGCCAUCCUACUUACUGAUAACAAGUUUAGCCUUCACAGAUCUCCUGGUUGGUUUGGUGAUUCAUCCGAUAGUGAUUAUAGGCAGUACUUUCAUCUUGCAUGGCAAUAUUCGAGGAUUAUGCAUAUGUAGCUAUUUAUUCUCAUUCUUUUUCAUUGCCCUUGGUUCGCUUUCGCUCCUUAUUGUAACGUGUAUCAGUAUAGACAGAUACUUGGCUCUUACUCUAAGACAUCGAUACACCAUUAUUGUCACCAAGAAACGAGUUCGCUACAUGAUUGUUUUCGUUUGUGUUUUGGCUUUUCUGGGAGCAAGUUUAAGAAACUUUGAAAAGUACCAAGACAUUAUUACCCAGACAAUUAACUUUGGUUACAUGGUUCUCUUGUUAACGACAUGUGUUUUCUACAUCAAGUCUUUCAGAGCACUUCAUCUUCACACAGUUCAAGUUGACGCCCAACAGUCAAACCCGUUGGCUGGUAACUUUGAUGUUGUCAGAUACAAGAAAACUUUAAAGACUAUGCUUGUG